AUGCUGAGCCCAAAGGAUAGUGGGGCCGAGAUUGGGGAGCCCAACCCCCUGUUUGAUAAGGAGCAGCCAGGCAGUGUCAGAGCGGUGAUAGGGAAUCUUUCCGGUGAUGUCGCUGCUGCUCCAUCACCCCCUGUCGAGGAUCCCAAUGCCGGCCAGAAAAUGGGUCAUUUCAAGUAUGGCACAUCGUUUUCAGUGCCCAACACCAAAGAAACUGCAAAGGAUGAAGGAAACAACUCCAGCACACGCACAUCCGGAUUCAAGGCUUGGGUUUCCAAACAUCCCUUCAUGUUCGCUGGUCUGGCGGUUCUUGGUGUUCUCGGAUUAUUGGCAGUGAUUAUUGUGCCAUCAGUUUGCGGAACUAUUGGCUGUAAAAUUAAGAAGGACGGCGCCCACGAGGACCCCCCGGGCUCCCUGCGUGUCAUGGUGCGCUUCACCCAAGCUGAUGCUACGGUCAAGCAGCUGUUGCCAUUGUUGUCCAAAUACUUCAACUCCAGCAAAUUCAACUCCAGUGGAUUGGAGGUGCUCCAGUUCGACUCGCCAGAAAUGCUGAAACAAGUCAAGAAGUUGUUACAAGACAGGUACUCAGCAAUCCUGGACCUCCUUGUCGAUGACUUCGUCAUGAGAAUCUCACCCACCAUAAACGGCGGCACCAGACAAAACUCCACGUCGCCGCCAAGCACCGGCGAUCAGUCCUCCGGGACCACCCCAGGCGGCAACUCCACAGGCCGCCGACUGCAGGUCACCGACAAGUAUCCGUACGACGACACGGUUUCGGAUCCUUUGGAGACACAGAUGUGGCAUUUGGAGGCAGUCAGUGCGGCACAGGCCUGGGCCGUUACGCGCGGUGUGAAGGAGGUCAUUGUCGCGGUCAUGGACACGGGUAUUGACAUUGACCACACUGACCUCAACGAGAGCAUCUGGCGGAAUGUUAAGGAGAUCCCCAACAAUGGAAUCGAUGACGAUGGCAACGGUUAUAUCGACGAUUACAUGGGCUAUGACUUCGCCGGCCCCUGCAGCGUCGACUGGCGCUCGAGCAUUCCCCCCCCUGCUCCGCCGUUACCAUCGCCGCCUCCCGUGCCGCGGCCGCCUAGCCCACGGCCACCGCCACGCCGCCUGCGGUCUCUGUUGCAGAGCCGCUCCCAGCCUCUCCGACCUCCUCCCACGCGGCCGUUGCCCAGCCCUCCCAGCCCGGCGCCGUCACCGCCUGUCCCGGUGGACCGCAUCAACCAGCAAGGCCGGUGCGGAGCAGAUGCUAACCCGCGCCCUGACGCCAGCGACACGGGACAUGGCACCCAUGUGGCGGGCCUGGUGGCUGCAGUACGUGGCAACGGCCAGGGCGGUUCGGGCCUGGCGCCUCGCAUUAAAGUCAUGGCGCUUAAGGUGGCGGACCCAACGGGCGCCUUCUACGCCAGCAACGUCAUGGCAGCGUACGAUUACGCACUCCGCAUGGGGGCGCACGUCGUCAGCAACAGCUUUGGGCCAUUAAGACCGAAUUUCAAUCCCAACGAUUAUGAUAAGGCGGAUGACGCAAAGAAGUACCGGCUGUACGAGCGUGCCGUACAGCCGCUGGCUCAGAAGGGCGUGCUGCUUGUAGCCGCUGCCGGUAACGAGAACGGCAACCUGGACGAUUUACGCAAGGUGAACAUGAAUUACCUGCCUUGCACUUUAGAUCUCCCCAACGUGCUGUGUGUGGCUGCCAGCAGCCCCGACGGCCGCCUCUGGAGUGAAACGCAGUGGAAUCAACAAGUGGGAACAAACUAUGGCAAGAUGUCGGUGGACAUCGCGGCGCCGGGCUCGCGCAUCCUGAGUACACUUCCCGGUAACCGCUACGAUUUGAAGACCGGCAGCUCGAUGGCAACCCCGCUGGUCUCAGCCGCAGCCGCGCUGGUGCUGUCCGUGCUUGGCUCCUCUGAUGGCAACUACUUUCAGGCCUCCCGCGUGAAGACCAUCUUGCUUGAGACCGGCGACACGCGGCCUGGACUGGAGGUGGGCUCCCAAAGGACACUCAACGCGGCGCGGGCGGUGCAGUCCGCUGCGGCCCUCAGCAUCUCGGGCGCUUUCCUGUUGGCUCCAAUGAUUGUCAACGUGUCCGCCGUCAGCGGUGCACUAGUGCGAGCGUAUUCCGAGGAGUACUACCGCGUCAGCGCCACCGCGCGCGACACCCUCCAGGCGGCUCCCACGACAUCUUUGACGCCCUCCCCCGCGCUGAGCAUCGCCGGACUCACGCCCAUGGCAAUCGCCGCCAGGUCCGCCUCCUCUCAAUUCCGAGGCUUCAAAAUCGUGGGCAACGAUGUCGUGGUGGCGGUGCGCGCCAAGGUACUCUUAACGACCCGUGGGUCUUACACCCUCAACCUCUACACCACCGCGCCCCUGCCCCGUGUGUCAUUGACUCUGGGCCAGCGCCAAGUCUCCUGGAACGCCACCUCAACCCGCAAUAUGUAUCAGGCAGUCGUUAGCGUUAAUACGGUCCCAGGCUGGUACGAAUUCGAGCUCCUGUACGGCAAUGGUGGCAACGAGGGCAUCGACCUGAACUGGCUCCGUCCCGGUCAGACCGCGUACGGUCCCCUGCCUGAGGAUUGGAUCUUCACGGCGUCCAUGGCCCCGGCGACGCCGCUGCCGUACGUGCCGCGCGACUUGCCCUCCGCGACCAACUCCCCAGCGUCGGAAGUCGCCGUCAGCCCCGGCGGCUGGCAGGUGCUUUGGAGCACUAUGUCUCCGCCGCCGCCAGAUAGCGACAUCCCCAUCAAUAGCGUUGCUGAUCCGGCCGGGGCGCGUGUGUUUAACCCAACCUUCCUGGCGUCGCUUUCCAACCCCUUGCAGUACUUUCCGUACAGUGUGUUCGUCGAUGAGCUGAACUUCCUCAACAACGUGACGAUGGUGACGGCCCUGGCUGGCGGCGGCGUCGACCCGCGUCAGGCUGACGCCCGCGUGGUUUCGGCCGCCGCCAGCGGCCCGGUGUACGGCAUUGCGACUACGUACAUUCAAUCCCCCGUCGACGCGCCGCUGACAGUCGCAUUCCGCGUUACGUGUGUCCAAUGUUCGUUGUACAUUGACGGUGUUUUAUUCCACGAAACCAUCGACACGAGCAUCACCCCCGGGAGCGCCAACCCGCCCCCCGUCUCCACGCGCAUCACCCCUUGCAUCACCUUGGAUCCAGUACGGACAAACAACACCGUACGACCAGCCACACGGCCACGACACGCCCUGCAAGUCCGCUUUGCAGCGCGAACCCGCGUACCCGCGGCGGGUCUGCUCGUGCAGCAGGCCGCAUGUGUGCCGGGCCAGGCCCUACCAACAACUUUCGCCAACGUGCGCGACAUUGCGGCGCCGGGCCCCUGGUACCAGGCGGCUGGCGCAUCCGCGCCCAGCAGCCCCGGCUCCAUUCAGUGCGACAUGUGGGAUUACGAGGUCAUCGGCCAGGCGGGCUACAUGGGGCUGGGAUCGAUCCCGCGACCGGAGGACUUCCCCCCAGCGGCGCGCUUCCGGCUGCCCAACAGCCGCGCCUCCAUCACGCCGUGCAGUCCGUUCGGUGCAUUCUGCCCCGCACGCCUCAACUUUACGACCCGGCCUGCCGUGUUCCAGUCCUUGGGCUACGGCGAUACAAACCCCUACAGCAGCCAGAGCCGCGCACCAAACACGACCUCACUAGCGGGCAACUACCGACAGAUUCUGGCCGUUGAAUGGCACGGUGUGGGGGCCUGGACGCGGCUGCAACUUGUCGACGGCAGCGCCGCGCUGCCGCCAGACGGCUCUGCCGUCGUUAUUGACGGCUCCUUUUUCGCACCCGCGCCCUAA